AUGAAUGUUCUCCAAGUAAAUGUCAACCACUGCAGGCUAGCUCACGACCUCCUACUGGUCAGUGCAGUGGAGCUUGAGGCAGAUGUGGUGGUUGUAUCGGAACCAUACACCAUUCCAGAUAACUGGUUCGGUGACGCUACGGGCAGAGCGGCGAUAUUCAUUACCGGCGAAGGCUUAAAAAAGUGCAGAAAAGCCUCGAUUAUGGGAAAUGGUAAAGGCUUCGUGGGAAUAAAUUAUAAUGGAGUGGGGAUCGUUAGUGUUUAUAUCUCCCCUAACGUGAACAAAGAAGAAACGGAUAACCAGCUCUCGGAGCUAGAGCACUUCGUACGUGGGCUGAGAAGGGCCAUGGAUAAAAUCCUUGUGAUGGGGGAUUUUAAUGCCAAAUCUCCGCUAUGGGGCGCCCCUACGUGGUGCGCAAGGGGUUGGGCUGUCGCCCAAUUGGGCGCGAGUCUUGGGCUCCGCCCAAUUACUGCGGAAGGAGGUGCGACCUGCGACAGAGGGGGAGGCUCGGUUGUCGACAUACUCCUGGGAAAUGACCUUGCCCUCAAUUUUUGGGAUAAAUCGGUGGUCAGAGAAGAUUUUACUGCCUCUGACCAUAAGUAUAUUUUACAUAUUUUUAGAGGAGGGACAGAUGCUGGAGAAGAGAGAAAGAACCCUUUCGAUUUGGGGAGAGGUAAAGUGAAUGAGGAUGCCCUACUUGCGGACCUCCUAGACAAGUAUGGGGAUGAGAAGAUCAUAGGGAGGCCAAAGACCUAUACCACCCGGGAGGUGGAUAAGUUUAUCACAGACAUAGAUAGGAUGAUAAACAAGCACACGUCAUAUAGGAGUGCUUUUAAGGGAAAGCAUAAGCCUACAUAUUGGUGGACGGCGGAAAUCGCUGAAAAAAGAAAAGAAGUAAUUAAGAGGAGGAGAAAGUACACGAGGGCGAGAGCCAGGGGAAAUCCGGAGGAAAUCGAAAUGGCACACGCGGCUUUUAAGACGGCGAAGAAGGAAAUGAACAGGGAGGUAAGGCGCACGAAGAAAGCAAGAUAUAACGAGCUAUUGAAUGAGAUCGAUGGAUGCGCCUGGGGUCGCCCCUAUAAAAUUGUGAUGAGAAAGUUGAAGGGGAAGAUAUCGAAGCCGGAUGUUCUGAGCCCCGAAGAGGUUGACUCCGUGGUGAGAAAGAUGUUCAUUCUGGCGCCCCCUGAGGCCCCCCUACUCGGGAGAGAGAGGGCGGAACAUAAUGUAGAAACCGGUGGAGGUGAGCUACAUUUACAUGCUGGUCAGGGCCUGAGGGUAGAACCUGAAAAUAGAGAAAGAGGAUUAGUACAGGGUGAUUCAAAUGAUAGGGAGGAGGGGGUGGGUGUACACUUACCGUCAUACUUACCUGUGGUGGAGGCGGACACCCCGAGGAUGGAUGCCCCCCCCCCCUCUCUAGGCACUACGAGGACACCGGAUAGACCCGUAGUUAUUACUCCGGAGGAAGUGUACAGUCUGGCCAGGAAAAUGUCCGCCAAGAAGGCUCCAGGACCGGACAGGUUAUCCUUGGCAGUUGUGAAGGCAAAAAUCCUAAAUGAGUUGGAGAAGCAUGAUCUAGCGGAUAACCAGUACGGUUUAAGGAGGGGCAGGUCGACGCUGGAUGCUAUGGACGAGCUUAAGAGACUCUGGGAAACAGCACGCAGAGAUGGCCGCCACUGUUUGCUGGUACUAUUGGACGUGAAAAACGCCUUUAAUACGGUUAUUCAUUAUUUGGUCCCACGAGUGUGGUCGGAAUUUGGGGUCCACCUACGCAGAGCCGCCUUGCGCAGUACAGACUUCCACGAAAAAGCAAAGGUGGUUAUGGGAGAUAGAGCAGAAAUAAGGAGGCUUAAACCAAAAAUCACAAUAGAGAUACAGGAUAUAGACCCAGCAGUAGAAAAGAAGGAAGUCCUUGAGAGCGUAGCAAAGGAAGCAAACGUCAAGGUAGAGGACCUAAUCUGCAAAAAUCUCAGGAAAGCCUAUAUGGGAACUCAAGCGGCAAUCGUGGAAGGCCCAGGCGAACUGAUGAGCAACCUGCAAGAAGACAAGGUAAAGAUUGGUGCCACAACUUGGGACACGUGGCAGCCAGAUGCGCGGAAGUACCUGAUGGAACCACUAUAUGCAGGAGAUGUGGCGGAAACGGACACACAAUGUCGGAAUGCAAAACGGAAAAAGCGAGGUGCAGAAUCUGUGAAGCUAAAGGAGGAAAAGAGACAGAGCUUAACCAUAUUGCAGGCUCACUAA